CAUCGUCUGUGAACACACUCAUCCGCUUCUUCAUCUAAGCCGAUCUCUUUUCUCGUCUUCUCCUCCUCCGUCGGCUUCUCCUUCUCUCGCUUAUUUUCAUGGCGUCCGCCAUGGUCAACAGCGUUGCUCUCUCGCCGCCGCCGGAGGCGUUCCCCUGGCUCAGCCCUCGGAUCUCCUUCAGCCACGACGCCGCCGACAUGCCCCCCGUGGCCCCGCCGGAGGGUCACCCCGACGACUCCGCGGAGGACUUCGAGUUCUGCCUCCACGACGACCCCGUCGCUAUGCUCCCCGCCGACGAGCUCUUUUCCGGCGGUAAACUGGUGCCCCUGCAACUGGCGCCGCCGAAGCCGGCGGCGGAGGCGGAACCCACCUGUACCGCUGAGAUCGGCUUGCCGGAGCCCCCGGAGACGCGGCGGAAGGCGGAGAUCGCCGGUGUCGACCCCUACGCGUUCUCCCCCCGCGCGCCCAGAUGCACUGCUCGUUGGCGCGAGCUGCUCGGCCUCAAGAGGGCCCGGGGAGCGAAACCUGCUGGACGAGUCGCCGCCCCUGCCGCUACGGUCACCGCCACUUCCAAGAACACAAACCCUAGGUCGUCUCUCAAGCAUCUGCUCCACCGGCACCCCAAGCUCGCUUCCCUGGAUGCGUCGCUGAGCGUCCCCCUACUCGGUGACUCGGAACAUGAGUCCGCGGCGACGGCCUCCCGCCUCUCGCAGUCCUCGUCCUCGUCGUCCUCGUCCUCGUCCUCCUCCUUGGGUCCCGAUCACGAGGACCUCGCCAGGCUCUCGAUCGACUCCGACAAGCCCAGCCACGUCCCGCCCCGGGUCCGCCUCUUCCGGCCUAGCCCACCGGUGCCGGCGUCGUCGAGAGCAAGGGCGGGUCCGACCCGGCGGGCCGCCGAGUCGGCUGCGCCAACCCCGUCGCGAGGGGUGUCGGUGGAGAGCCCGCGGAUGAGCUCGUCGGGGAAGAUCGUCUUCCAGGGCCUGGAGCGGAGCUCGAGCAGCCCCGGUAGCUUCACCGGGGGGCCGAGGCCACGGCCCCGGGGGGUGGAGCGGUCGUACUCGGCCAACGUCCGGGUCGCCCCGGUCCUCAACGUCGUCCCCGUCUGCUCCCUCCGUGGUUCUGGCAAACCGGUGUCCGUCUUCGGGCUCGCCCAUCUCUUCACGCCGCAUCAUCAGACGAAGAAGGACCGCGACGGCUCGGCCUCGAACCGGGCCGAUUUGACGCGGUCGGCCCGGCGUCAGCGGCGUCUCGGGCAAGACCGACAGCCUUCCCCUAAAAUAAUUAUCGAGAAGUAGCAGUAAACGAAUAAUAACUCCAUUAACAGUCAUUUUUAAUCCAAAAUCCUCUGAUGUUGUUUUAAUUGCUUCCUCUGUCACCUGUAAAUAAUGGUAUUAUUUCUUUUUUUGUUCUAAUCCUCA